AUUAUCCACAACAAACAUUCAUCUUUAUAAUUGCGUUUGCUUUGUCAAUUGCUUUGCUCCUUCCCAAAUUGAAGCACAAUGCUUGCUGCACCAAGACCACCAGCCCUGACAGUGGGAUGUUUCAAAUUCCAAACUCCAUCUGCGUAUGUUAAUCUUGUACAGAGAAACGUUGGAAGCAGUAAUUGCAAAAGGGUUGUGGUUGCAGCCAAAGCUACCUACAGUCGUGUGCCUUUGGACACUCCUGGAGCUUACCAGCUCAUAGAUGAAGAUACUGGAGAGAAAUUUAUUGUUUGGGGAAGUGCCGAAGAUGACUCUUCUAACUCUCCUAUCCCUUCCAACGAAGUUCUCUCUUGGAAACCUCUCCCUUCUCCCAACAACAACAACAACGACAAUGACAGCACUAUCAAUCAAACUUCUAAUAGGGGAUCAACAGGGAACUUUGGCAGACUGAAAUUUCGAAGAAUGAGAGAUCUCGUUAGAAAAAGCUACACAAAAAACAAAGAACGUGAUGUUAUUGAACACGAUGAACACAAUGUUACAAAUACCUCUUCUCAAUCAUCAACAAGUUCAUAUGGUGAACUUGAUCAGUUAAAAGAGAAACAAAAGCUCAGUGCUCGAGCUCUUGCCAAAAUUCAACAGCUAGAAUCCAGAAAAAAUUCCCCAAAAAUUAUCAGAAUGGAGGAUGAAGGCUAUAAUGGUGAUUUUGAUGCAGAAUUUGGACGAUUAGUUGAUUCUAGAUCAAAAGCAUCUGCUUCUUCCUUGCAUGGAUGGGGCGGAGGGCAAUCAAUUCAUCAAAGAUCUAUGGGGGAAGAAAUUUCCAGAGGAAGGCAAAACUUGGAUGAUCGGAAUAAUUUCUUUAGUAGAAAAUCCUUUCAGGAUAUGGGAUGCAGUGACUAUAUGAUAGAAGCCUUAAGGAAUCAGCAUUUUGUGCGCCCUUCACAUAUUCAGUCUAUGACAUUUGAACCCAUCAUGGCUGGAAAGAGCUGCAUAGUAUCUGAUCAAAGUGGAUCUGGAAAGACUUUGGCUUAUCUACUACCACUUAUUCAACGUCUUAGGCAAGAAGAACUUCAAGGACUUAACAAACCGUCACCUCAAAGUCCUCGUGUUGUAAUAUUGGCACCAACAACUGAAUUGGCUUCUCAGGUUUUAAAUACUUGCCGUUCAUUUUCAAAAUCUGGUGUUCCAUUCCGGUCUAUGGUUGUUACUGGUGGCUUUCGCCAGAAAACUCAACUGGAGAACCUAAGACAGGAGUUGGACGUUCUUAUUGCAACUCCUGGUCGGUUUAUGUUUCUUAUCAAAGAGGGUUACUUGCAGUUAACUAACCUCAAGUGUGCUGUGUUGGAUGAGGUUGACAUCCUCUUUAAUGAUGAGGAUUUUGAGACUGCAUUUCAAUGCUUGAUUAAUUCAUCACCUAUCACCACACAAUAUCUAUUUGUGACUGCUACUUUGCCCAUGGACAUAUACAACAAGUUGGUAGAAAGUUUUCCUGAUUGCGAACUAGUGACUGGUCCUGGUAUGCACCGUACAAGCCCUGGCUUGGAAGAGGUCCUUGUAAAUUGCAGUGGAGAUGAAACAGCUGAAAAAAGUCCGGACACAGCUUUUCUCAACAAAAAGAAUGCCCUACUUCAGCUGGUGGAACGUAGCCCAGUUCCAAAAACAAUCGUCUUCUGUAACAAGAUUGAUAGCUGCAGAAAAGUUGAGAACGCAUUGAAGCGCUUUGAUAGGAAAGGAUUCGCGAUAAAAGUCUUACCGUUCCAUGCUGCACUGGACCAAGAAAGUAGACUUGCGAACAUGAAGGAGUUUCGUAGCUCAAAGGCGGAGAAUGUUUCUUUGUUCUUGGUGUGCACUGAUAGAGCAUCCCGAGGUAUCGACUUUGAAGGUGUAGACCACGUAGUCCUCUUUGAUUACCCUCGAGACCCUAGUGAAUAUGUACGUCGUGUUGGCAGAACUGCCAGGGGUGCUGGAGGAAAAGGAAAGGCAUUCAUAUUUGCUGUAGGGAAGCAAGUUUCUCUUGCUCGAAGGAUUAUGGAAAGAAACAGUAAAGGCCAUCCACUCCAUGAUGUGCCAUCAAUGUUGACUUAGGCAUAUUGCACAAGGAGGCAUGGAAACCUGGAAAAUAAGAGAAUUCAAAUAGGCUUUUAUUUUGCAAAACCUUAUCGUCAUCUGCCAUUAUGUGCCUGCCUCCCCUCUAUUGAGCACACCUAUUUCUUCUCAUACCUGGAGGCAAAUGAGGAGAACUGAUUAUCCUUUCUGUUGUCAAUCAAUCUUGUUCUAGCUCUAUCCUUUUUUCGGCCGAAAAAGGACUAAUUUUCAUUAAUACUAGAACAGUCAAUUACAUAGCUUGUUUUGUCUAGGAUAUCUUCUACUUGGACAAUUAUUUUCAAAUGAAGACAGAAAAACCAUGGGGUAAAUUAUACAAGUUGUUGCUUCCAUGCUUGGCAAGAUUUUGCCACCUUGUUUAAGGUAUGUUUUAUUUCUGGGUUAUCCCGCUUUA